AUGGCGCACGACCUCCACCAGGCUGCGGAAAACGAUGAUCUCUCUCACUCUAUUGACUACUCGUCGGUCUUAUCCUCCCUGGCUAGUUCAUGUGCUGCCCCCUCUUCGUCGCUGGAAGUGCUGUCUGAACGCAUUUGCGACACUUGCUUUACGUCCUAUCCAGAGCUCGGGGAGCUGUAUGUCAGUAUCUCGCGCCCGAAGGCACUUCUGCAUGCUCGUGCGACGAGGAUCGUGUCCGAGUGGAGGAGGUCCCAUCAUGACCCCGUGCAUGAAAAGUUCUUCAUAGAGGAGCUCGAUUGUCAGGCCAUUGUGGGCGUUAAUCCUUGCGAGCGAGAAGAGAAGCAACGCGUUCGCUUCAAUAUAAUGCUGGAUAGACACAAACGCCGUGCCCAAUUUGAUUUCCACGAAGUUGCGCGGAAAGUAUUCGAAAAUGUUCAAUCAUCCUCCCAUCUGACGCUUGAGGCUCUUGCUUCUUUGACUGCGCGCACCGUGUUGUUGCAUACCGGCACCAUUUCUGACCGCGUUACAGUCCGGGCGGCUAAACCGAGCGCGUUAGUUCUUGCAGAGGCAGCGGAGGUGGAGAUCACUCGCACUCUGCGGGAUUACGAGCCAUCCUCUGCUUCGACGUUGAAGCAAACGCAUGAAAAUAAUGUCACCCACGCACCGGCAUCUCCGACGCCGAGUCUGUUUUCGCUUUUGGCUGCACUUCCUGAACGAUCUGGUCAUGAUGAGACUGUGUACGCGCAUAGGGCAGCAAUCGCGCUUGGUGCUAACCUUGGAGAUCGCUUCGCGAAUAUCGAGCUUGCACUGCGCUUGCUGGAGAUGCCCGAUGGAACCGGGCGACCGCGCGCUGCGGUGGUUGACACCAGCUUCUUGUAUGAGACCGCGCCAAUGUAUGUCACAGACCAGCCUCAAUUUAUAAAUGGUGCUUGUAUGAUUGAGACCGAUAUGAAUCCCCGCUCACUCCUCGCUUUCCUGAAGGAUAUCGAGGCAACCGUCGGCCGUGUCUCAUCUUUCAGGAAUGGGCCGCGUGCUAUUGAUCUGGACAUCCUGACGUUCGAUGCAAUGACUGUCGACACGAGACCUGAGUCAAAGAAGGACAAGCUUGAUAACCUCACCGGCGAGCUUGUGGUGCCUCAUCCUCGGAUCGCGGAGAGAGAGUUCGUACUGAGGCCCUUGAGCGAUAUGAUCCCAGACUAUGUCCAUCCUGUCCUUGGCAAGCCAGUGCGCACUCUCCUCUUGGAGCUCGUUGCCAAGCAAUCGACGGACACUCCCGCCAUGAGUAAGGUUGUGCCCUUCCCUCGCUACCCGUACAUUUCACCGUCUAUAGCCACGGUGACACCGGGCAUUCCGUCGGUCCCACCGACGGCGACCUACUGGACGUUCCCUGUAUACUCUUCAACUUCAUCUAGACGCCCUCUGCAAAAGAGCUACGUCAUGGGCACGCUCAACGCAACCCCAGACUCCUUCUCUGACGGGUCAAGGCACAACACUACCCCUGCGGCUGUGGCAUAUGCAACUGCAUCCGUUGCCGGAGGCGCAGAUAUUAUUGAUGUAGGUGGAUACUCGACUCGCCCAGGCGCUGCGUAUGUUUCACCGGACGAAGAAAUAUCACGAGUUAUCCCGGUCGUCGAAGCCAUACGAGGCCUUUCCAGCGAGCAGAACACGGUAUCAGCAGAUGCGAGAUUGAGUGCCCGGACAGCAGACGUGCCCAUCAGCGUAGACACCUUCCGUUGGGAGGUCGCCGAUGCUGCUGUGCGCGCGGGAGCAAGCUGCAUUAACGACGUAUACGCGUUCACAGGGCCCGCGUACCCGUUGGACAUGUCCGCCGCAGAAUAUUUCCUCAAGUUUCGGGAGAUUGCACGCGAAUUAGCCGUUCCUGUCGUGCUCAUGCACUCUCGCGGAGACGCCGCUUCGAACAAGGACUACUCCGCGUACUCGUACGCUGCAGACUCCCGGGGGAGAGGUGCCGUCUUAGAAGGCGUUCGGGUGGAGCUAGGCGAGAAGGUCGAGGCUGCCGUGCGCGGCCGCGGCGGCUUACGGCGCUGGCUUGUCAUCGUGGAUCCUGGCGUCGGCUUCAGUAAGACGCUCGAGGGCAACCUCGAAGUCCUCCGCGCAUCAUCAGAAAUUACCGCAGCACACCCGCACCGCCGCAAUCCCCUCGCUGGCUUCCCGCAGCUGAUCGGCACGUCGAGGAAGUCGUUUCUCGGCACCAUUCUCGCGCAGCCCGACACUGGCGGCGCGUACGAGGGGCGGAAGACGAGACCGGAUGAGCGUGGGUGGGCGACUGCCGCUGCGGUCAGCUGUGCGGUGCAGCAGGGUGCGGAGGUCAUCAGGGUGCACGACGUCCUGGAGAUGGGGGACGCUAUCAGGGUCGCACAAGCGUUGUGGAAUUGA